AUUUGCCUAUACCAGCUUAUAGACAAAAGUCAAUUAUGAAGUUAUCUUUUUUUUAUAUAUAUGUAUAUUGCGUAAUACGUUACGUACGGUUAUGUCGUCAGUGCAAUCAUUUAAACCAAAGACGAGUAAGAAGGGUAAAGUGAUAAUAUUUUGUAAGUAUGCCAAUUCAAGUCUGGUAUUAUCGUAGGAUGACUCAGGAUAUAUAUAUGCUCAUUAAAAUCUCAACAAUUUCCUAGUGGUAUAGGAAUAUGUAAAUAUAAACAUGUUUUAACUUUGCACAGGUAUAGUUGCAUAAAAAAAAGUCGAGAGCUGAAUACGAAUGGUUUAGAACAGAAUGAUUUGGCAAUAUUUUUGGAACAUUGUAAGCUGAAGUGAGAUUAACAACCAAAGUAAAGUGGUCGUUAUUAGGGCGCUCCAGAAGCAUGUGUACCAACUGCCAAUAUGGAGAGAAACCAUAUGCAACCCAGCUUGCCAAAUGCAACGGACCAAAUCGAUUAAACAGAAACAGAAUAUUAUGUUUUUAAAAACUCAUAAAACAGCAAGUUCUACUCUACAAAACAUACUCAUUCGUUAUGCGUACAAUAAUGAUCGUUUCGUCGGGCUACCACAGUUGGGACACAUAUUCGGAAUGUAUUCCGGAGCUUCAUUUACACCGUCGAUGAUGUUUCCUUUACCAGAGUCGGGAAAAGUUAACAUGUUACUUCAUCACAUGGUUUUUGAUUACGAAGAGGUUUCUUCAGUUUUGCCACCUGAUUCAGUGUUCAUUACUAUUCUCAGAGAACCUGCAACACAAUUUGAAUCGGCGUUUCAGUUUUUUAAACAUAAAAACGCUGCAUUUGGAAGAGUUAAACAUAAACACGCGAUGAAUGAAUAUUUAUCAAAUCCCUCAAGAUAUUUCAAAGGACCUAAAGAUGGGCAAUUCUGGGGCUUCGGAAAAAAUAAUGUAUUUUUUGAUUUGGGAUUCAACAGCCUGUCUGAUGACAACGAAUAUAUAUCGGAAUCAAUCUCAAUAAUAGAAAAUAAAUUUGACUUAGUUUUGAUUGCCGAAUAUUUUGAUACUUCACUGCUAUUACUAAAAGAUCUUCUUGGCUGGGAAAUGAAUGAUAUUGUGUAUCUGUCUUUAAACGCAAGAGAAAGGAAUACGGUAAGGCACUUGACCUCAGAAGACAUCGACCUAAUAUAUCAGUGGAAUAAAGCUGAUGUUGCGGUGUAUCAGCAUUUUAAUAAAACAAUCCGGCAACGGGUCAAAAAAUAUGGAAGAUCAAGGAUGAGGAAAGAUUUAAAAAUGUUUCAAACCUUAAAGAGCGGCGUUACCAGAUUUUGUGUUGAUCCUAACAUAUGUGGCAGAAAAGAAUUGACGGAACAUAAAUAUAAGAUGUUCAAUCCACGUGGAGUAAAAAUUGCUCAGUAUAAAUUGAACGAUCAAGCUAUUCACAAUGAAACUUGUCAAGAAUUGAUCUAUCCUGAAUAUACUUGGUAUCAGAUAUUAUUAGACAAAGAAUAUCCAAUGCGAUUUGAUUUAUUUUCAAAAUUAACUAGUUCAAUCAUAUAGCUUUUUAUACCUAUUCUAUAGCUUUUAGGGUUACCCAAUAAUUUUGAACAUAUUUUGGUGGAAGUUUAAUAAUUUUAAUUUAAUAUGUAUUAUUGUGCAAAGCUUCCUAGAUUACUGAAACUUUUGGGCGUGUUUAUUUGGCAACGACGUGUCUUUCAUUCAGUUGCAAUGCAAGCCACUAAUCAGACAAUAACGUUAAUCGAUCCCUCUGAUGAGGUAGACUAUAAUUAACGGAACCCCACAAUGAAUUCAUAAAAAAAAUUAAAAUACAUUGUUCCUUACCAAUUAACAUUAGACUAAACCAGACUGCAUACCCUUUUAUUGCUUCGAUUAAUCAUCAUAUGUGGGUAGUUUUAGAAAAUACCACAGAACAGUUCAGUGCAUUGGUGCAUAAAAAGCAACAACAGUCUCAUUAUCAAACGCGUGUACGUUUGUUUAUUUGCUUUUUUAGACUAUACUGUGACGUAUCUGUG